UGCCCCCGACCCGGGCGAAUGCAGGUUUGUGCUGCCGCUGCCGCUGCCGCUGCCGCCGCCGCCGCCGCCGCCGCCGCCGCCGCCCGGGCCGAGUGACAAAGGAAGGAAGGAAGCGAGGAGGAGCCGGCCCUGCAGCCACUGACAGGGCCCGGGCUGGGGGCAAAGCGCGGACACUUCCUGAGCGGGACCGUGCAGAAGCGAGGGGCGGGAGGGCGGCCGCUCUGGUGCCUUGGACGGGGGAGGGGGCCCCGAGGGACGGAAGCGGUUGCUGGGUUCCCAUGUCCCCGGCGUAUGGGGAGCAGUCGAGGAGCCGCUGCCUGGGGUCUGAAGGGAGCUGCCUCCGCCACCGCCGCCGCCAUGGCCGCUGGAUCCAGCCGCCGAGUGCAGCUGCUCCUGGCGCAAUGAGGAGGGGAGCCGCCGCCACCGCCCGCCUCUGACUGACUCGCGACUCCGCCGCCUUCCAGUUCGCCGGGCCCCUGCCGUCAGGCCGCCGGAUCCCGCCGCUGUCGGAGCCGCAGCGUUUCCCGACGCAUCUCCGAGCCACCCCCUCCCUCUCCCUCCCUCCUUCCCAUCCCCCUUUCUUUUCAAGCGUGAGACUCGUGAUCCUUCCGCCGCUUCCCUUCUUCAUUGACUCGGAAAAAAAAUCCCCGAGGAAAAUAUAAUAUUCAGAGUACUUAUUUUCAAUCAAGUAUCUGCCCCCGUUUCACGUGAUAUAUAUUUUUUAGGGCCUCCCAACCAUUUCUCCCUUCCAAGGAAAGGGAGGGGAAAGAAUUGUAUUUUUUUCCCAGCUCCCGAUCAUCUAUAUGUUAAAUAUCCGUACUGAUCUGUCUUCAAGGAGAAAUACAUCGCUCGCUUUUUUUUAUAGCUGUACAAAAGGAGUGAAAAGCCAAGAGGACGAAGUCUUUUUCUUGUGGGAGAACUUAAUGCUGCAUUUAUCAUUAACCUAACACCCCAACAUAAAACAAAAGGAAGAAGAGGAGGAAGGAAGGAAAAGAAGGUGAUUCGGAAAGAGAGUGAUCAUGUCAGGGCGGCCCAGAACCACCUCCUUUGCGGAGAGCUGCAAGCCAGUGCAGCAGCCUUCAGCUUUUGGCAGCAUGAAAGUUAGCAGAGACAAGGAUGGCAGCAAGGUGACCACAGUGGUGGCAACUCCUGGGCAGGGUCCAGACAGGCCACAAGAAGUCAGCUAUACAGACACUAAAGUGAUUGGGAAUGGGUCAUUUGGUGUGGUAUAUCAAGCCAAACUUUGUGAUUCAGGAGAGCUGGUUGCCAUCAAGAAAGUAUUACAGGACAAGAGAUUUAAGAACCGAGAGCUCCAAAUCAUGAGAAAGCUAGAUCACUGUAACAUAGUCCGAUUGCGUUAUUUCUUCUACUCAAGUGGUGAAAAGAAAGAUGAGGUCUAUCUUAAUCUGGUGCUGGACUAUGUUCCGGAAACAGUAUACAGAGUUGCCAGACACUAUAGUCGAGCCAAACAGACGCUCCCUGUGAUCUAUGUUAAGUUGUAUAUGUAUCAGCUGUUCCGAAGUUUAGCGUAUAUCCAUUCCUUUGGAAUCUGCCAUCGGGAUAUUAAACCACAGAACCUCUUGUUGGAUCCUGAUACAGCUGUCUUAAAACUCUGUGACUUUGGAAGUGCAAAGCAGCUGGUCCGAGGAGAACCCAAUGUUUCGUAUAUCUGUUCUCGGUACUAUAGGGCACCAGAGUUGAUCUUUGGAGCCACUGAUUAUACCUCUAGUAUAGAUGUAUGGUCUGCAGGCUGUGUGUUGGCUGAGCUGUUGUUAGGACAACCAAUAUUUCCAGGGGACAGUGGUGUGGAUCAAUUGGUAGAAAUAAUCAAGGUCCUGGGGACACCAACAAGGGAGCAAAUUAGAGAAAUGAACCCAAACUACACAGAAUUCAAAUUCCCUCAAAUUAAGGCACAUCCUUGGACUAAGGAUUCGUCAGGAACAGGACAUUUCACCUCAGGAGUUCGGGUCUUCCGACCUCGAACUCCACCAGAGGCGAUUGCACUAUGUAGCCGUCUGCUGGAGUAUACCCCAACUGCCCGAUUGACACCACUGGAAGCUUGUGCACAUUCAUUUUUUGAUGAAUUACGGGACCCAAAUGUCAAACUACCAAAUGGGCGAGACACACCUGCACUCUUCAACUUCACCACUCAAGAACUGUCAAGUAAUCCACCUCUAGCUACCAUCCUUAUUCCUCCUCAUGCUCGGAUUCAAGCAGCUGCUUCAACCCCUUCAAAUACCACAGCAGCCUCAGAUGCUAAUGCUGGAGACCGUGGACAGACCAAUAACGCCGCUUCCGCAUCAGCUUCCAACUCCACCUGAACAGUCCCGAGCAGCCAGCUGCACAGGAAAAACCACCAGUUACUUGAGUGUCACUCAGCAACACUGGUCACAUUUGGAAAGAAAAUUAAAAAGAGAAAAAAAACCUGUUCUUUUUAGUGUUCAAUUUUUUUAUUAUUAUUGUUGUUCUUAUUUAACCUUGUAAAAUAUCUAUAAAUACAAACCAAUUUCAUUGUAUUCUCACUUUGAGGGAGACCCAGGGGUUGGGAGGGGUCGUGGGGAGGGGAAAGCGGGGCACUAGAACACACAGUCUCUCUCCCACGACAAUCUUUUUUUUAUCAAAAGUCUGCUGUUGUAUACUUUAAAAACAGGACUCCUGCCUCAUGCCCCUUCCACAAAAGAAGAAAACUUUGUUCUGUGCGGAAGUUUUUUUGAACUUUGUUUUCUUUUAAAGUCAAGUGUAAGACUUGGGUAUAGUGCACAGCUUGAAAUUGGUUGGGAGCUUAGCAGGUGUAACUCAAUGGGGACUUAAAUGUCACUUGUAAAAUUAAUCCAUAUCCUCGGGUACUUGAAGACAUGCCUUUGGCAUGUUGAUGGCAGGUGUGGCAGACAAAAAAGGAAAUAUGUGUCAUUUGUAACCCUGGAGGUCAAUAAAGUUUGAAUCUAUAAGGGGAAAAUUCUUAAUUGAUUUGUUAAGGUUUUAUUUUGCUCUUAAUCAGUGCUAGUGGUGAAGAAACUUAUGUAGGAAGCUGUCAAAGGAGGAGCGUGUGUGCUCUGUGUGUGGAUCUUUGUUUGCCUGACCAAAGGUUCUCUAUAAAUCUUAGUACAGUUUUAAUCUAGUGACCUAGGAGGAGACUAAAAAGGGUGCUGAGCUGGCCCCUCUGACUGCAGAGGUCAAAAGCUGACGAACCUGGAGGAAGGGGACAGGCCAGGGGCAGGUCUCACCACUGGAUGAAUUUGUCCAGAUUUUUUCUAAAGUUGCUUCCCUUGGAAAGAUACACUUGAGAGGACAUCACAGUUAAAUAAUGUGAACUAUAACAGUCUACUGGUUUAUUUUUCAUAUUUUUUAAUUGCAAAAUGAGCUUGCAGAAAGUGCCACAUUCUGCACAUAGUUCUGAUUUUAAAUCCAAAUCUAGAAUCUGUAUUUAAUUUCAGCGUUUUUAACCUCAUGCUUUUUAAAUUUUAUUUAUUGAUGCAUGUGAGAUAGACCAUUAUAAUUUUAGAUGGUAGGAAUAUUAAAAACUACACAUCAAAAGGAUAUAAACAGUCACUUGUACCUGCUGACUUUAUAGGAAAGCUGAUUAUAUAAAUGUGUGUAUAUAUGUUAUAUACAUAGAUUCAAUACUGCCUUUAGUUUUGGGUUUUUUGUUUGUUUGUUUGUUUUUGUCCACAGUAUCAAAAUUGACUGGUUGAAGCAUGAGAAGAAUGUUUCCCCCCAAACCCAGUUAAGAAUUUUUGUUUCUGUUUUUCUUUGUAUAAUAAGUGAACAGUGUAAGAAUCAGUCUCUGUUUUUGAAGAAGAAGCAAUAUUCCUUGGAAAGCAAGGAGAAUUGAAGGAUUAUGUUGGCAGUGAGGAAAUAGGUUUUCACAACUAGUUUGGUUUAUAUGUUUAAGGUUGACAUCUAUGCGGGCCUUAUAUACUCUAAAAUGAACCUUAGUCACCUUGGUGCUUAUGGGCCAUUACUUGACCUAAUGAAUCUUUAAGGCACAAUCAGUUGUACUUUACAUUUAAAGAUCACUUGAGUGAUGGCCGCCUUUCCCGCCUACCUUCCUUCCUUCCCCAUACACCUUCCAAGGUUAGCUGAUAACUGUAGGGCUGCAGAGCUGAGCCCCAGAUUGUGUGUAACCUCCCUUCACCCUCCUUGUUGCCACCUUAGGACAUGUUAGGGGUCUCGCCCUCCAGGUGAUUUGGAAGUAGAGUGUCUUGGCAGCCCUCAUGCAGGUCCCGGCACCCUGUCCUGCUUCUUAACAAAGUGUGUGUGACUCUCCAAGAGAGUCGUACUGCCUGCUGACAUGAACCAGUACCCAGAGAGACAACGGUGAGCCGUCUUAGUUUUCACUCACUGUCUGGCUAAGCUCUUAAACCUCAGAAGCGUUUCUCAAACCUCUGGUUAUAUCAGAGUUCAUGAGAAGGGAAACACACUCAGUCAAACCAAAUCAAAUUGAAUUUUACUUUGCAUCAUGAGCUUCCGAGAGCAAAUUAAGAUUUGAAAGAAGUCUGAAUCGAAGUAUUUGGCAGCAUAAUUCCUAAAGGAAAUGGCUUUGAUAGACCAUUUUCAGAAAAGAUUUAUAAAGAAGCUGGACAGCAGGUCUGUGACAAAGGAAUGGACCUACUUUCAGACCAAACUGCCCAGCCAAACAUUUGGACACAGACACUACUCUGGACUUGGUAUACUUGCUAGAGUCCAUAAAAAUCUGUGCUUGUUUUAGGAAACACUUUCCCCCCACAAAUGGGGUAAAAGAAGAAGAGAGAAAAGUCAGAUGCUUUUCUCCUAUUUUAUUGUGUGUGUGUGUGUGUGUGUGUGUGUGUGUGAGGGCUGAGGUGCAUGAUUUUUCUUUCUCAAGGAUCAUGGCGGGAUCACAGAACUCUUUUAUACAAGUGAGAUCCAGGUCUCUGAAUAUCUUUUUGUAAAUAAUAAUAAUAAUAAUAAAAAGCUCCUCACCAAAUUCAAGCUUGUACAUUAUAUUUUCUUUCAAUGUUUUUAAAUUUAAGUUUUAUUGUUUUGUAUGUAAAUAUGUGGACCCAGGAACUGUUAUUAAUGAGCAAAAAGUUACUGUUCAGGGCAGUGAUUCUGUUUAAUAAUCAGACAAAUUGUAGACGAGCUUUUUAAAGCCAUAUAGUUUUAACUCUGUACAGUAGGUACCGGCCUGUAUUAUUGUAACAAUAACUCUAGCAAUGUAUAGUGUAUCUAUAUAGUUUGGAGUGCCUUCGCUUCCAUGUGUUUGUUUUUUUGUUUUUCAUUUUGGAAGUUUUAAUUGGUUUCUCUAUCCAUGUCUCCCUGUCCCGCCCCUUUCCCUUUGAAAUAAUAGCUCACUCAUAACACAUUAUCUUUGCCCCUUCCACAGUUAAUUUCAGUGAUACCAUGCUCAGGAGUGGAAAGAGGAAACCAUGUUCAUAAUCUCAUUUCAUUUAAGCCCUGCCUUUGAUUUGGUUCUGAACAUCUGUUUCCUCCUCAAUUGCAGUGACCAGUUUCAUUUCACUCGGUCCAUCCAGGGACUUAGUGUAGUGCCAGGGAGCCCUAGAGCUGGAGGAUAUUGAAUAGAUUAGAUUUUGCUCGUCUCUGUCCCCAAACCCUAACCAUGGGUCUUACAAACAGCAGAUUCCGGGAGACUUCCACCCUCUCUCUCUCUCUCCUCCUUGUCACUUCCCUCCCAAAUGAGAGAAAGAAAUAGAGAGAGAAUUAGAUUUAUGAAUCAAAGUUUCUUAAUGUAUCAGUUUUGAUACAUGAGUGGUCUAAAAUGCUGUGGUGCAAUUCCUAGUGGCUGCUGCACAAUUGCCGCCCGCAUGAUGAGGACUGUUGUUUUCGCAAGGGAACUUUCCUCCCUCCUGCCACCUCUACCCCUGUUCAAUGAAAUGUCAUUUUAAUUUAUCUUUGAAAAAAAUCAGUUUAAUUCUUACUGUGUGCACAUCAUGAAGGCCUUUUUCGAAAGAAAAAAAUCAAAUUUGUUUUGCCUCCAAGUACUCCAUAUGUCUUGAGUAGAAUAAAAAAAACUUUACCAAACCAAAGGUUGCUAUUUUUGAAAUAUCACGUGUUCAUUCCAGCAAGGCAGAAGACUGCACCUUCUUUCCAGCAACGUGCUGUGUCCUUUUUUUUUUAAGUCCUCUUAAUUUUUAGACACGUAUUUUUGAUUUGUGUUUUAACAAAGCCUGCCUAACCAGUCAUCUUGUCUGCACCAAUGCAAAGGUUUCUGAGAGGACUAUUGUAUUCUCUGUCCCUGUGGAUAUAAAGACACUGGCAUUUCAUUUCUUUUUCCCUUUCCUUUUUAAGGGAUUUAACUUUGGAAUCUUCCAAAGGAAGUUUGGCCAGUGCCAGAUUCCCAGAAGUUUGGGGAUUUUUCUUUGUUUUAAACCAAAAUUGUAUCUGAUUCUUCUUGUUCAUGUUAGUGAUCAUCUAAUCACAGAGUCGAACACUUUCUCCCCUAUACAGAAAAAUAAACUAAGCAUGCUUUACAAUAAAAUCUGUCUUUUCUAAUAGAAACCUGAGCCACUGAAAAUAAGAGAAAUAACUAGAAGCAGAGUAGAGUCCCAGACUAAGGUCUAUGUUUGAGAGGCUUUGAAAGUAAUCCCUGGGGUUUGGAUUAUUUUCACAAGGGUUAUGACAUUUUAUUCAAGUUUGUUGCUCCGUUUUGCACCUCUGCAAUAAAAGCAAAAUGACAACCAGUACAUAAGGGGUUAGCUUGACAAAGUAGACUUCCUUGUGUUAAUUUUUAAGUUUUUUUUCUUACUAUAUCUGUCUACAGGCAGAUACAGAUAGAUGUAUGAAAAUGUGCUUGCCUGUAAAAUUUGCAUUCAUAAAUGUGUUGCCGAUGGAUCACUUGGGCCUGUACACAUACCAAUUAGCGUGACCACUUCCAUCUUAAAAUCAAAUCUAAAAAACAAAAUUUAUUAUAUAUAUAUAUAUAUAUAUAAAGGACUGUGGGUUGUAUACAAACUAUUGCAAACACUUGUGCAAAUCUGUCUUGAUAUAAAGGAAAAGCAAAAUCUGUAUAACAUUAUUACUACUUGAAUGCCUCUGUGACUGAUUUUUUUUCAUUUUAAAUAUAAACUUUUUUGUGAAAAGUAUGCUCAAUGUUUUUUUUCCCUUUCCCCAUUCCCUUGUAAAUACAUUUCGUUCUAUGUGACUUGGUUUGGAAAUAGUUAACUGGUACUGUAAUUUGCAUUAAAUAAAAAGUAGGUUAGCCUGGAAAUGAAAUUAAAAUUCACAAGUGUGUGGUCUUUAUUUCAGUACCCAACCUUCUUUUCUUCACCCUACCUAUUCUGCCACUGCAAUAUGUAGUCACAUCACCACUUCGUUCCUCCAAUUAGAGAAACAUGAAUCUUUGUUAUAAAAAUCAAGAUGUGAACACUAGUUCUUCUUUCAAAUGAUCUUAUUCCAUUGUAUAGCCCCAACAGGUGCAGCUUCCAUCUUGGAAACCUUUGGCUUUGAUGUAGAGGAAGCUUUGCAGACACUGCUUUGAAAAGAAAGAAUACAUCCCUGAAAGGGACGAAUUUUUAAAAUGUGUAUAAGCUGCUGUCUGAUUACUGUGUUCAUGGUUUGGUGUAGCUGUAUUUUCUUUUAACUUUCAUCCCAUUAGUAAUGGUCUUUGGGAGUAUCUGUGAAUUAUAUGAACACCACAAACAGUGGGGCUGUACCUCCCAGGUAACCAACACGUGUUUGAGUCUGCUCAUUUCCAAUACUGGAUGAUGUAUGUAAACAUGUUAUGUCUCUUAGUGCAAAAAGAAACAUCAUUUUUUUUUAGGGCUGGCUCACUCUGUCAGGCCUAAUCUAAAGGCUAGAUAUAAAGUCAUGUGACUGCUGCUUCAAUAAAAACAAAUUUAUAUUGGAUAAA